UCAUUCGGGGCCGGUCACGAAACCAUAACAGCAGCGGUUCAAUCAAAACCAUAUCCAUGGCAAAACCCGUCAAGAAAGGAUUCAUUUCGCGGUACAAGAAGCGCUUCAUCGGCAGCAACUGGCGUCAGGAGUGGCUUGUGCUUCAUGAAGACAGCAGCCUCGAGUGGUACUCCGGCCACGACGAGAGCACACUUAGGGGGGGAAUUAUACUCAAGGAGGCCCCGGAAAUGAUAGCGGCAGGGCCGUAUGCCAGUUACGUGCCUGGCAAGCCAGAGCUACCGAAGAAUGCUGAGCCUAACUGGCUCAUGGUCUUCGGCACCGAGUCUAAAGAAGAAACACAUUGGUUCCUCGCAGCUAACGAUGACGAUCUCAACCAAUGGAUGACUGCCAUCAGCAACACUCUCCCGCCGCCACCAAACCUACCCACAGCCCCAGCAGCAGGCGGAGGUCAGGCCGCCCCGAGCGCCCCCACCGCGCCUCGUGCCCCGCCACCUCCAGGAGGGGCGCCGCCCCCCUACAGUCAGCAUGUGGGAAGCAACGUGAGAGGAGGAGGCUACGGCGGCGGGCCAAAUUACGGAGGUGGAGGAGCACCAUAUGGAGGUGGACCCUACGGAGGAACAUAUGGAGGAGGAGGUGGUCAAAACACAAUAAUAAUUGACCGCGACCGAGGAGGAGGUGGAAUGGGAAACUUUGCAUCCGGAAUGAUGCUUGGAACAGUUAUGGGAACAGGGCUUGGUUGGGGGGUACCAAGUUUCGGCUUGGGCUUUGGGGGGUGGGGGAUGGGCAUGGGCUUUGGAGUCCCAAUGCCAAGUUUCGGUGGCCGAGGAGGAAACGUUACGACGACCGAGACCAACAUAACAAAUAACUACAAUACGACGAAUUAUAAUGGAGACGCAGAUAAUGGUCAAAAUGCAAGUAAUCCUGGAGGAGGUGGCGGGACUGAAACACAGGUGGCCGAUGACACAGGAGAUGCUGAAAUUUUCAAUCCCAGUAAUGGAGGAGCGCAAGAGCCAGGGGCCGAAACUGGGGGUGUGGACGAUGGACUGAUUUCUGGCGCGCUAGAAGGAGACGAAGGAGGCUUGGAGUCUGGCCUAACUCCCUUGGAACAAAGUCUACAACCCGGGAAUGACUACAACUUUGAGAGCAGUUAUGGCGGAGGAGGCGAGCCGGACAUGGGGUUACAGUACACUGAUGAUUACGGAGGAGGUUAUGAUAUGACGGGAGGAUACGGCUACGAUAUGGGAGGAGGAGGCGACUUCAUGGAAGGUGAUGACUACAUGGGAGGUGGUGAUGACUUCGACAUGGGCGGUGGGGACUUCGACAUGGGCUUUUAAAAUUUGCAAUCGAGACUUCAUGCCUACAUUUCUCAUGUAGGCAAGACCGUAUUAGUUUCAAGGUGUGGCUUACCAGCAGAUAUAACGAUGAACUAUUUUUUCGAGAGGAUUAGAAAAUACUAAUUGGGAUUUGCACAAUGAUCAAAGGGGCUUAGAGCAAUAAUAGUUUUUGUAGCGAAUGUUAUCGAAAUGCCAUGGAUUGCAAACUAUAUUCGGGUAAAACUAAGGUCCUUUUUUACUAUAAUUUAAUAUGAAAUUCUACCUACGAUCGAAACCUGACAAUCUUACAUCAACUUUGCAAAUCGGGAUAAAGUAUUGGCAGUAAAAUUGCGUGUAAAGUUGUGACAAACGAUGAUUUGCAAAUUACUUUAAGUUGUGGUUGAAGAUUGCUUGUGAGAAUUUUUCUAGUAGUCGAGAUCUGUAGCUCCUUUCUACUCGUCAUGCUCUGACAUGUCCUAAGGUUCUCAUCACACAGCAUCCCUCCAUUACGUAACUUCAGUCGAUGGUUAAAAUUAAUAUAUUAAUCAUGUUCAGCAACUUCAGUAAAAUAAAAGCGUAUUUUCAUCA